ACGUGUGGUGAAUGAGACGAAGCCUUGCUCAUUCGCCGUAUUUACUUAUUUAUUUUGUUUUGCUGCCGGUUUGUAAUAUCGCAAGUGUCCCUUCGGUUGCCUGGCAACGCGCGUGGCAGUGGGCGCUCCUGACCUUGCGUCCGCGACCGCGCACAACGCGCGCGCUUAAAAUAGACCCGGGGAGAUUGACGUUAAUUGAAAAUAAGAAAAACGCAAGAAGAGCGGAGCGUCGUUCACGCGGCUCGACGGGGAAACGCGGGCACGUUGGAUGGUGAUAAUGUUGAGAUAUGAGAUGUUCUCGGUGCACGCUCGGAUGCGAUACAGACUGAGAGAUUCGGCAGGUUUGUGGUCAAAUGCUGGAAAAUGAACAACUUCACCCACUGAGAUACCUGCCAAUAGAAUGGAGUGUUUGGUGGUGCACACCUGGCUGUGGAGACGCCCACUGGAUUUACCUGCACGUGUGGCGUGUGUUUAAGUCCUAGCGUGUAGUUUUGUACAAGCAGCAAGCAUAAUUAAGCUACAUUCAGCGUUUAUUUCUUCAAACAAGUGUGUGUUGUUAAAAGGAACCAUGUGGCGCACACAAUCACCAACUUACCUGCCGCUUACCCACCUGCUCUGCCGACCUCUGACUUUUGCCCUGUGUUGGCUCCUCUUGUGGUUAAUGCGGUCAGUCUCCAUGGCAACAGCGCUGACCUAUCAGCCGACAGUAAACACAGCACUUGGCAGACUUAGGGGUAUGCGGGUUGCUGUGGCGACAGAGGGCCUGGGCCCAGUGGAUCAGUACCUGGGUGUGCCUUACGCUGCACCACCUGUGGGGGAGAAGCGCUUCAUGCCGCCCGAUGCUCCGUCAGCCUGGUCCGGCGUACGGAACGCCACCCGCUUCCCUCCUGUUUGCCCGCAGACUGUUCGCAACGCAGUGCCCGACAUCAUGAUGCCUGUGUGGGCCACCUACAACCUUGACACAGUCGCUACCUACCUGCAAGAGCAGAGUGAAGACUGUCUGUAUCUGAAUAUUUACGUACCCACACAACGUGGCACAAAGAGAACAGGCGACAUGUCAGCUGAAACCGAGCGUACAGAGGAUGAUGGACUCCGGGAUUCUCGCGAUGACCCUCGUCCUGUGAUGCUGUUUAUUCACGGUGGCUCGUACAUGGAGGGCACUGGAAAUAUUAUGGACGGCAGUGUGCUGGCCAGCUACGGCAAUGUCAUUGUUAUCACCCUCAACUACAGGGUUGGAAUAUUGGGAUUUUUAAGCACAGGUGACCAGGCUGCUAAAGGGAAUUACGGUCUUCUGGAUCAGAUUCAGGCUCUGCGCUGGAUCAAUAAGAACAUUGGAUAUUUUGGUGGCGAUCCUGGCCGUGUAACAGUGUUCGGCUCAGGAAUCGGAGCGUCCUGUGUCAGUUUGCUUACUCUUUCGCAUCAUUCUGAAGGUUUGUUUCACAGAGCAAUCAUUCAGAGUGGGUCAGCUUUGUCCAGCUGGUCAGUCAAUUAUCAGCCAGUGAAAUACACACGUCUUCUUGCAGAGCGUGUUGGCUGUAAUGUUCUUGACACACACGACCUGGUCCUCUGCAUGCAGAAGCGUAGCUACAGGGAGUUGGUUGAGCAGGAAAUUCAGCCAGCACGCUUUCAUGUGGCCUUUGGCCCUGUAAUCGAUGGUGACCUCAUACCUGAUGACCCCGAAGUGCUCAUGGAGCAGGGAGAGUUCCUUAACUACGACAUCAUGUUGGGCGUCAACCAGGGGGAGGGGUUCCGCUUUGUAGAGGGCGUGGUGGAGCCAGAGGAGGGCGGAGUUUCCGGAUCGGAUUUUGACUUUGCCGUAUCAGAUUUUGUGGAUGGUCUCUAUGGGUAUCCAGAAGGGAAGGACACGCUCAGAGAGACCAUAAAGUUCAUGUAUACAGACUGGGCAGAUCGAGAUAAUCCCGAGACUCGACGCAAGACUCUCGUGGCCAUGUUUACGGAUCAUCAAUGGGUAGAGCCAGCGGUGGUCACGGCCGACCUGCAUGCGCGUUACGGUUCUCCAACCUUCUUCUAUGCGUUCUACCAUCACUGCCAAAGCCCCAUGAAACCUCCAUGGGCGGAUUCUGCACAUGGCGAUGAGCUGCCCUAUGUGUUUGGCAUUCCACUUAUUGGCCCGACCGAUCUCUUUCCCUGUAACUUCUCCCGCAAUGACAUCAUGCUGAGUGCUGUCGUCAUGACCUACUGGACCAACUUCGCAAAGACCGGGGAUCCAAACAAGCCAGUUCCCCAAGAUACCAAGUUCAUCCACACUAAGGCAAACCGUUUCGAGGAAGUGACCUGGGCCAAGUACAGCCCUCAUGACCAGCUCUACCUGCAUAUUGGGCUCAAGCCGCGUGUUCGGGAUCAUUACCGUGCAACUAAAGUUGCUUUUUGGAAGCAUCUGGUGCCUCACCUGUACAACCUGCAUGACAUGUUUCACUACACGUCCACCACCACAAGAGUCCCACCUCUUCUGACAACACACAGCUCUCACAGCUCAACACCCCGUCCAGGGAGCAACAAGGCCCGUACCCCUGGUAAACAAACACCGCAGUCCACGGCACGCAGCGGGCCACUCGUCAUCGCCAACCCGCGAGAUUACUCCACGGAGCUGAGCGUCACUAUCGCCGUCGGGGCUUCUCUCCUCUUCCUAAACGUCCUGGCAUUUGCCGCCCUGUACUAUCGCAAGGACAAACGGAGUCGACAGGACACGCCCCCUCAGACAGCACCUCAGCGCCAAACCCCGCCCAAUGACCUCAGUUACACACCCACCUCCAUUUCAGGAGGUAACCAAGAGGAAGGCUCAUUGUGCGACCCCCUCCGCCAGACCCCAGCGUCAUCUCCGCGGGAUUACUCCCUCACGCUUCGGCGGUCACCGGAUGACAUCCCCCUCAUGACACCGAGCUCCUGCGCCAUGACACCGAAUAGUGGCACUAUGACACCCAACACUGUAACCUUGACACCCAACAGUGUUACCAUGACACCCAACACCAUUACCAUGUCACCCAAUUCUUUGAUGGGAUAUCCCAGCAUGCACCCUUACAACACUUUCACACACGGAUACAACUCCACCACUCUGCCCCACCCGCACUCAACAACACGUGUAUAACAAGCAACACAAUCUCAUACUCUGAACGUCACAACCCUACACCAGAAUCCCAGCGACAUUCAACUCAUUCGUGUAAACCAGAUCAAACCGGUGCAAACUGUUCUUAAGAAGUACAACAGAAGGUGAACCCAAUACACAACAUGAGCACAAUCACCUCAGAUUUACCGCACUGGUAGGAAACAGUGCAACGCGUCAAACCAGGAUGAACAAUGCAUCAGUAUAUAAACAACAAUAAACGGUGUCAGCGUUACACUGUGACUUUUGUCUAAAGAUACAACAUUAUUAUAGGAGUAGACACUUCUCUGUGGAUAAAGACUAAAGUGAAUGGUCAGACUACCUGAGGGAGCGCUGCAAUACUUCAGCUGACUCUAGGUGGCACUACAAGACUCAAAAAUCCUGCAGGUGGUUGGAUCCACAGAGGAGCACUGAGUAAGAACAGUAGGGCCACUGAGUCCCAUCAUUGGUUCAGAAUACCAUUAUGAACCAACCAAGCACUUAUUAUAAGAUAUAUAUAUAUAUAAUAACAUAAAAUAACAAACAUAUUAACGAUUAUUGUACAGCUAUAACAUAUGUAUUAACGUCAAUGUACAGACAGCUUUUUUGAAUGUGUUGGAAAAAUAAUUUCUAAUCGUUUUUAAGAUCAGAUUAUUUCCAUAGCAAAGAAGCUUGGAUUUUUUUUUCUUGAUGAUCACAAUGUAUUUUAUAACAUCUCUCCUGUUUUGAUUCUGAACCAGUGAAAGAUACAAUUUACUUUUGGUAUAACCGAUUCAUUUAGUUGUAGAUUAUACAAACAGUUUAAAUCAAUUGUUUUUAAGAACAUAAUAUUUGUGUAAUGAUUAUUAUUGAUUGAGAGAGAAAGAAAGAGAGAGAGAGAGAGAGAGAGAGAGAGCGAAUAAUGUAAAAUUUUCAAGUUAAACAUCUUUAGAUAAUUUGUCUUGCUAAAUGUUAUCAUUUUGUGAUACUGCUUUUUGAUCAUUUAAAAUCUGUAUUGUAUCUGAGUUCGAUAGGUUUUGUGAAAUGUUAAACUUUAAAAACAUUGAGAUUCUUUUUGGUAUUUAUCAGUGAUACGACAUCACUCAUACAGUAAUAUAACGUCACUCACGCUGUGAUGUGACAUCACUCAUGCUGUGAAAUGACAUAAAGGCUUUGCUAAGAAUUUAUGAUGUUACUCUUUCCUAUGAAACAUGAAUGUGGUGACACGUUAUCAACACAGGGCUUCUCUGAUGAAGGCGAUUCUGAAACGUUGCAUUUACUUUGGAACCGCACAGGGAAUAUAAUCGUGUAGUAAUGGUGUCAUAGCCUGCCAGAUGGUUAGAUUAUUCAUGUUACCUGCUGUAGACUAACCAUCCCCGGCAUGUAUUUUGUGCCAAAUUUGCGAUACGGUUUCCUUGGCAACCAGCAGAACGUUUGUCUGUUAAUGUGUUUGUGUGAAAGUUCAACAGCUUUAUAAAAGAAUUUGCAGUAUUUACAACGGUUCGAAUUCAUCUGGACUAUGAAAGGGAAAGACAUUGGAAAAUGGAUGCAUGGAGUCACACGAUACCAGUGUGUGUCUCUCCUGGCUGAGGUUGACCUGUGUGCACCUGCUCAGGUCUGUCGGUUCAACAGCUUGCAGAAGUCUGUUCUUUUAUACUCUGUACAUUUCUGCCUCAAAUUUGCAGUAAAUAUUGAGUUUGCCUAAA